UCAUGAAUGCAAAAGAUCAAUUUAUUUCUCAGACCUGAGAAGGUUAAGUUUAAUAAAUUUAAAUAGUAUUACGAUAGAAGCUUGGAAGUUCGACGAUAAAAAUUGGAUCACGUGGUACUUCGAUUUGCAAUCGGGAAUCCACUGGUCAGAAGGAAGUAAAGAAGUUUAAUACUUAAUAAACACAACUUAUACGCACGGCGUCGCGUCGUGGAUUUGAAUAAUAUUGAACUAUUUAUGUAAGUUUGAUGGCUUUUUCACAACCAAACUCCAGAGAAUUGCAGAAUAGAAAAAUCUUGGAGGAGCUGCAGCUGAAAAAGCAGAUGUUACUGAAGCAAGGGGUUGCGCCAAGCUUAAACACGUCGCUGGGAGUCUCGUCAACUGGCUCUGCAUCAAAUAUAAGUGGACAGUCUAACGAUGGUAUAGCGAUGAGUGCCUCCCAAAGAGCAGCAUUGCACAAUGCACAUGCCGCUUCGUUUGGUUACUUUGUUACCCAGGAUUCUUCCUUUGGAAAUCUGAUAUUACCAGUUCUGCCUAGAUUUGACAAUAAAUAAAUCGCCUGUACUGAAUGUGCAGAUGUAUAUAAGCAAUUCAGUGUUAUUAAGGAUCAUAUAUCAGUAACAAGAAUUUUAUUUGUCAAGGAAUUAAAUCACCUUUUUAUAUAGAUAUUUGUUGCAGUAAGAUUCUCUGUAGAAGAAUCACAGUUGACUGCCUUUAAGUAAAUAAUGGCUGGACUUCGACUUCGUCAAUUAGAGGAAUAUCUGCAGCAAUUGGACGUGUUUGAAAAUCCAAAAGUCUCGCUUGAGCAAUAUGCCACCAGUGCACAUAUCGCGUCGCAUUUGUUGUACACUGCACAGACGCACUUUGACGAUAUAAAAGAUAAAAGCGUGGCAGAUUUAGGCUCUGGAUGUGGCACAUUGUCAUUGGGCGCCAAAAUGCUUGGUGCUGAAUAUGUAGUUGGAUUUGAGAUAGAUUCUGACGCAGUUGAUAUUCAUUACAGAAAUUGCAGUGACAUAGAACUCUUCGUCGAGAUUGUGCAGUGCGACGUACUACAAUAUUUACCAGGAAAAUUUGAAAAAUACUUUGAUACUGUUAUAAUGAAUCCACCUUUCGGCACCAAAAACAAUGCCGGCAUCGACAUGAAGUUUUUGGAGAUGGCAAUCAGGCUUUCGUCCAAUGCGGUUUAUUCUCUGCAUAAAAGCAGCACGCGGGAUUAUGUCUUAUCGAAGGCGACGCAGCUUGGUGCGACAGGAACGGUGAUAGCCGAACUCAGAUAUGACUUGCCAAAGGCUUACAAAUUUCACAGAAAAGCGUCCGUCGAUAUUCAGGUGGAUUUUAUACGAUUUGAAUUAAAGCGCUGAUUUUUUGAAGAAAAAAAAAA